AUGGUCAAUGUAUUCCAGCGCCUCACUCGACGCCGAGCAUCAAGCUCCAGCAGUAAAUUACCAUAUCAGGACGGAGAUACUACGGGCCCCAAUUCCGCAGCAUCCCAUCCACAUGGUUUACACCGGGCAGUGAGCACGAGCUCCGGCAAACGCUGGAGAUAUGAAGAACCGGCUCCCCGACACCUCAUCCUAGUCUCCGACACUGUGGAGUUUGAUACCCAUCUAGUUCACCGCUUCCAGGCAGAAGGAUUUGACGUGAUCUAUAUCCCCUUCCUCGGCAGCGGGGAUGAAGACAAAGACCGAAAAGCGCUGGAGAAUGCGAUACACGCGCAAGAGGACGAACUUGAGAAUGGAGAGCGGUAUGCGAUAGUCGCAUAUCGCCGACCCGCCUACCUCCUCCUAGCCUCACACCACACAAUACACAGCAACACAAACCCAUUCCCACACCUAUGUGCCUUGAUAGCCUACUACCCCCUCUCCUCAACAGACGAAUUCACCUACAGACAAAGGGAAGACUGCUCGCCACCAGGCUGCUCAGACACAAGUUCAAUCUUUGGCCCAGUCUCCAAAUCAACAUAUCUGCCAAUCCAAGUCCACGUUCCAGGCCCACGAGUCCAGCCCUGCGCGCUGUGGCCAUGGAUAAGCCUCAGUGCCUCAGAAGGUGACGUCACCUACAAGAAAAAACACCGGUGCUAUGUGUACUCGUACCCGGGGUCCAGAGCUGGGUUCGCGGAGCGGGAAAUUGCAGAGGAGAAAGAAGGCGAGGUGGAUGCGGACUUGAACCAGGAUGACGAGAUCGGCUCGCAGCUGGCGUGGAGUCGGGCGCUAGCGUGUCUGCGGCGCUCGUUCAAUGUCGGGAGUCACUGGCCUGUUAUUGAUAUUGAGACUGUUUGGGAAGAGUACUGGGAUAAUGUGAUUGGCGAGCUGGAGACGCGGAAACAGACCGACAGUUAUGGUUCUGAGUCGACGGUUGGGAUGUUGACUGGCCAUAGCCAUUAUGGCGAGGUGGGGUGUCCCGCUGGGGAGGUGUUUGUGAAGUGUAUUCCUACCCAGGCCGGAGGUUCUGAUAUCUCAAGUCUGAAAGAUUUCUUCACUCAUGUGUAUAUUCCUGCUGGGCCAGUUGAUCAGCAGGUCCGCCUCUUGUCCCGCACUGUGGGUGCGGAUCGCAUCGUGGAUGAGAUGUCGUUUUCUUGUCGACAUACUGCUGAGGUUCCAUGGCUGUUACCUGGUGUUCCACCGACGGAUCGAGAUAUCAGAGUUAUCGUCGUUGUGGUGGCAAGCUUCACUGCCGGUCAGAUUACACGCCAGAGUCUCUAUUGGGACCAGGCCGGUGUGCUUGUGCAGGCUGGAUUAUUGGAUCCGGGACUUGUGUCGUCGUCAAAGGCCGUCGAAAGCCAUUGA